UUUCUUUAUGAAAGAAUCCAAAAUAGUGAUAAGUAGGAAAGAUCACUUUCUCAAGUGAUCAUAUGGUAUAGAGUAGUAAUACCAUUUAUGAAAAUGCAAAGGUGGAAAAAGGGACAGUGCAACAAGGACCAAUCUGAAGGACCACCUUCCUGCACAAGGGCAUUUAUCAAGAGAAAGUUCCAUCAGGUUUCAAAUAAACAUGAAGGGGCUGUUGCUAAGGACAAGGGCAGCGAAAAUUCAUCCAAGUGCAACAGUAAACCAACGAAGUUGCCAAAAAAACGUAUACUAGAACUUAUUCUCGACAUGCUGCAAAGGAGGGACACCCAUGAAAUAUUUGCAGAACCAGUUGAUCCCACUGAGGUGGAAGAUUACUAUGAAAUCAUUAAAGACCCUAUGGAUUUUGGUACAAUGAGGGCUAAGCUUCAUGAAGGAAUGUAUCAGAAUCUCCAACAGUUUGAGCAUGAUGCAUUUCUGAUUCCAAAAAAUGCGAUGCAUUUCAACGCCUCUGGUACUGUCUAUUUCAGACAGGCUCGUGCUAUAUACGAACUAGCUAAGAAAGUAUUUCAUGUCCUAAAAACUAAUCCCGGAAACUUUGAAGUGGAAUUUCCGGUAACCAGACGAAGAUCGAUGAGGAGAUUGCAAAAUGAGUCCUGGGAUACAAGACACUCUCAAGGUGUCCUAUCAGAUGGUGCCAUUGAUGUUUCUUCCAAGAAUAUUGGACUUGGCUCAUGUGUUCCAUCAACACAUAGGAGAAGCAGCAAAGAAAGACCACCAUUAUUCGCCAAAGGUCCGGUUGACAGUGCAUUCUUAUUUGGUAGUAGACAUGGUCAAACGUUGUCUUCCCUUGAUGCUGGUCGUCGUUCUACAUAUGAAUUUUGCAGGCCUUCGCCUUUCCGUGAGACUAGCUCAUUUAUGUGUAACAAGAAUCUCCAGUCACUAAUUCUCGUAAGUUCUUCUCUCCAGCUUGCUUCUUUUAAAGCCCAAAUCACAGUAUUCAGCCCCCUUGAUGUGCAGUUUAUUUGGAGAGUAUUUGUCUGUCACGUAUUUUAUACUAGGCUACAACGUACAUGAAGAAAAUGUACGAGCAUUACGACAAUAUUUGAUUUUGUCAUUUGUAGAACA